AUGUCCAUGUAUUCCCAUCGCGGCAUGGGCGCUGUGCCCCCCGGCAACGCUCGUCUCAACGAGCUGCUGGAGCAAAUCAGGGCCGAAUUCGAUAGCCAGCAGCGUCAGAGUGAAAACUUUGAGCAUCAGAUCUCCGCGCAGGUCAGCGAAAUGCAGCUGGUGCGAGAAAAGGUCUAUGCCAUGGAGCAAACCCACAUGACGCUCAAGCAAAAGUAUGAGGAAGAAAUCAACGCGCUGCGACAUCAGCUCGAAAUUGCUCGCAAGGGAGCUCCGCAGUCUGGCCUCCAGGGACAUCCUCAGCACGCCGGGCCCUCUCAGCAGCCUCCCUCGAUUGCGCCCGGAAAUGGCCUCUUCAGCGGCAUCAUGGCCGGCAGCAACCCGGGAGGCCUUGCUCCGCCCCAGCCUCAGGCUCCUCCCCAGGAGCAGCAAAUGGGCCCUCACCAUCACCAGAUGGCUCAAGGCCCUCCAGGACUGCCCGUCGCUCCUCCUCACCCUAGCGCACAGCAGCAGCAGCAGCAACAGCAACAACAGCAGCCUCAGCAGCAGCCGCCGUACCAGGCCUACCCCCCCAACACCAUGCCUCAGCCUCCGCCGAGCACGGCCUCGCCUGGUCCGGGCCGGCGAGCCAUGGCCCGUCCUCCGGGUGCCGUCGGGCCUGCUACCCCCCAGAUCAACACCCCCGUGCCGUAUCCCGGCAAUGCUCAGUCCCCGCAAGUGAGCCACCCGACCCCCGACCACGCUCGCAUGAACCCCCGAGCCCCUCCCCCUCCCAUCAGCAAUGCUCUGGGCGAUCUCGAGGUCGACGCUGUCGCUCCCCACAACAAGAAGACAGGUAACGACUGGUAUGCCAUUUUCAACCCGCAGGUCCAGCGCGUCUUGGACGUUGACCUGGUCCACUCUCUGACCCACGAGAGCGUCGUGUGCUGCGUCCGCUUCAGCCACGACGGCAAGUACGUCGCCACUGGCUGCAACAAGUCGGCCCAGAUCUUCGACGUCCAGACGGGCGAAAAGGUGUGCGUCUUGGAGGACCACAGCGCCACCGACAUGGCCGCCGAUCUCUACAUUCGAAGCGUCUGCUUCAGCCCCGAUGGCCGCUACCUGGCCACUGGUGCCGAGGACAAGUUGAUCCGGGUGUGGGAUAUCGCCACCCGAACCAUUCGCAACCACUUCUCGGGCCACGAGCAAGACAUCUACUCGCUCGACUUUGCGCGUGAUGGCCGCACCAUCGCGUCGGGUAGUGGCGACCGAACCGUCCGUCUGUGGGACAUUGAGCAGGGCACCAACACCCUUACUCUGACGAUUGAGGAUGGCGUUACCACCGUUGCCAUUUCGCCUGAUACGCAAUUUGUUGCCGCCGGCUCCUUGGAUAAGAGCGUUCGAGUCUGGGACAUUAUGACUGGCUUCUUGGUCGAGCGACUGGAAGGACCCGAUGGGCACAAAGACUCCGUCUAUUCAGUAGCCUUUUCGCCCAACGGCAAGGAUCUGGUCAGCGGCAGUCUGGACCGGACGAUUAAAAUGUGGGAGCUCAGCUCCCCCCGUGGCCCUCCCAGCUCUGGUACUAAGGGUGGCAAGUGCGUCAAGACGUUUGAGGGUCACCGAGACUUUGUCCUGUCUGUUGCGCUGACCCCCGACGCCAACUGGGUCUUGUCCGGCUCCAAGGACCGCGGCGUCCAGUUUUGGGAUCCCCGAACGGGAACGACCCAGCUCAUGCUUCAGGGACACAAGAACUCGGUCAUUUCCGUCGCGCCAAGCCCGCAGGGAGGCUACUUUGCAACCGGGUCAGGCGACAUGAAGGCUCGCAUCUGGUCCUACCGCCCAUACUAG